AUGCCUUCGUUAGCCGAAUUGACCAAGUCAUUGAGCAUAGCAUUUGAAAACAGCGACUACGCCACGUGCGAGAAGCUGUUGCCCCCCAUCAAGAUCGAGCUCAUCAAGAACAACCUUUUAAUACCGGACCUGUCCAUCCAGAAUGAUAUCUACUUGAACGAUCUGACGAUCACGAAGAAGAUCCUGGAAGUGGGCGCGCUCGCCAACAUCUACACGUUUGACUUCGACGUUUUCGACAGCUACUUCAACCAAUUGAAGCCUUAUUACUUCAGUAGCGACCACAAACUGUCCGAAUCGGAUAAGAAGUCGAAGCUGAUAAGUCUGUACCUGUUGAACCUGCUGGCCCAGAACAACACGACCAAGUUCCACUCGGAAUUGCAGUUUCUAGACAAGCACAUCAAGAACUUGGAGGAUGACUCGCUCUUGUCGUACCCGAUCAAGCUGGACAGAUGGCUCAUGGAGGGCUCGUACCAGAAGGCUUGGGAUCUUUUGCAGUCUGGAUCGCAGAACAUAACGGAAUUCGACUCCUUCACCGACAUUUUGAAAUCGGCCAUAAGAGACGAAAUCGCCAAGAACACCGAGUUGUCGUACGACUUCCUCCCACUGUCCAACAUAAAGGCCCUGUUGUUCUUCAACAACGAAAAGGAAACCGAGAAGUUCGCGCUGGAAAGAAACUGGUCCGUCACCAACUCGAAGGUCUAUUUCAAAAACCAACCAAAGGAAGCGCUUGACGAAGAAGACGAAAUCAUGCACGRAGACGGCCAAAAGACAAAGAUUAUUGAAAGGGCAAUGGACUACGCUAUAAGUAUCGAAAAUAUUGUGUAA